UCCACAGUGAGAAUGGUAGCUGACAACUCCUCCGUGACAGAGUUCAUCCUCGCAGGCUUAACGGACCAGCCGGGUUUCCAGAUCCCUCUCUUCUGCCUGUUUCUGGGUUUCUAUGUGGUCACUGUGGCAGGGAACCUGGGCUUGAUCACCCUGAUAGGGCUGAACUCUAACCUCCACACCCCCAUGUACUUCUUCCUCUUCAACUUGUCUUUCAUAGAUUUCUGCUAUUCUACUGUCAUCACUCCAAAAAUGCUGAUGAGUUUUGUCUCAAAGAAGAACAUCAUCUCCUACCCCGGAUGCAUGACUCAACUCUUCUUCUUUCUUUUCUUUGUUGUCUCUGAGUCCUUUAUCCUGUCUGCUAUGGCAUAUGACAGGUAUGUUGCCAUCUGUAAUCCCCUGAUGUACACAGUCACCAUGUCUCCCCAGGUGUGUUUACUCCUUUUGCUAGGAGUCUAUGUGAUGGGGUUUGCUGGGGCCAUGGCCCACACAGCAUGCAUGAUGAGACUGACCUUCUGUGCCAACAACCUUGUCAACCACUACAUGUGUGACAUCCUUCCUCUUCUAGAGCGCUCUUGCACCAGCACCUAUGUAAAUGAGCUGGUAGUGUUUAUUGUUGUGGGCGUUGAUAUUGGGGUGCCCACAGUCACCAUCUUCAUUUCUUAUGCCCUCAUACUCUCUAGCAUUCUUCGAAUCAACUCUACGGAGGGCAGGUCCAAAGCCUUUAGCACCUGCAGCUCCCAUAUAAUGGCAGUUUCUCUCUUUUUCGGGUCUGGGGCAUUCAUGUAUCUCAAACCCUCUUCUCUGUUACCUAUGAACCAGGGAAAAGUAUCCUCCCUUUUCUACACAAUUGUGGUCCCCAUGCUCAACCCAUUAAUCUAUAGCCUAAGGAAUAAAGAUGUCAAAGUUUCUCUGAAAAAAACCUUGACCAAAAAUUCACCAUCUUAA